AUGGACAAAAAAAAAAAAACAGUAGAGAACUCUACUCUGCCAGUCUGUAGUUUCGCGCGGGGACACAAAAGGGCCGUCGUCGUACGUCGGCGGCGACGGUGAGACGUCGAGGGGUGGCGGUGGUCCGUUUUGAUGCGUUACGCACAGGCACACACUCACAUACAUACACACACGCGCUCGCACGUAUACGCAUAGACGCACACAAAUACGGUAUUGCAUCACAGUGAUGCGGUGGUGAACGCACGAUAACCGCGUGCGUGCGCGUAUAUGUGCCGGUGUGUGCGUGCGCGCGCGCGCGCGCGCGCCCGAGACGAUUUUACAGCUGCCACCCCGUUGACGGGGGCACCUGGCAGGGGGAUGCCACGGCCGUCCCCCACCAUGAAGCAGCGACGGCCCAACGGGAAUACGCGACCGACGAAUGUAUACGCAUCGGCGGCGCGAAAAAAAAAAAAAUAAUAAAAAUAAAAUACACGGAAAAAAAACCUACCCCUCUAGCGGACCGGCCGACAACUACUGGGCGGCGGCGACGCUAACAGCCGCAGCCGCUACGCGAGCGCCGCCUGCGCGCGGCCGAAUGCGUGUGCGCGCGCCGCGAACAUACCCUGUGUAUGCAAUGUGCGUCGUGCAUGAUGCGUGUAUGCCCGUCCGUCCAUCCGUCCGUCCGUCCGUCCAACGUCUACACCCAGGCAACAGUCGUGUCGCGGUGCGUGUGCGUAUGCGAGCUCAGUGAGUGGCGCGCGCGUGUGUGUCUCUGUCGGCCGUUUCGCCGUACUAUUUUUAUACGACUUUACUGACCGCCGUUCAUUCGGAAAAAACCGUUUCGAAUUUCGCGUUGUUUUUUUCCACCCCGGCAUCUCUGAUCGCCGUCCGCGUAUGUGUUUUUUUUUUUUUUUUUUCAGAGACCACGGAAAUCCCCUCGUUAUUUCACCAGACGAAAUUUCCACCCCCGACCGGCAUCCGCCGCACACCCGAGAAAACUGCAUAUUUUUGAGUGAGUAUUACGCCGUCGUCUUCGUAUAUAUUUUCUAUAAUAUAAAAUUAACACGCGUUUUGCUUAGCCGUCACGCGAUCGCCCGAAAAUCGCACGUUAUGUUGUACAGUGCGGACGCGUCGUGUUUACCCCGGAAAGGACUUUUGGAAGUUUUGGCGGGCGGUUUUUUUUUUUUUUUUUUUUUCGAAACUCCCCGUACUCCGGGCAUCCAUCCCCGUGUAAUUAUUAUAUCAUCCCGCGGUUACGAUCGGUAUGGGCUCACCGUAGACGAAUUAUUCGCGGUGACUAAACGUGCGCGAGAAAGACGCACACGCCGCCGCCGGGUUCGAUCGGCGCCGGCGGCGGCGGCGGCGGCGGCGGCGGUUGCAUCGCCCGCGAAAAUUUCACUCUCGUUGCACUUCCGUACCAAAACACACCCCCAGCCACCGCCGGGCGCGCGGGCCGAAGCGAAAGCGCAACGCCGGAAACGACGUUCCGCGUGACGGUCUCCUCUGUUCCGACACCGCGGUCCCGUUACUGUUCGCGAUUUCGCAUUUUCCGCGCGCGUAUUCAAUAUUGAAUGGCCGAACAAAUUUCGUAAGCAGCCGGGAACUGGGAAGGCGCGUCGGGGAUUUAACGGUAAUAUCGCUUGUACACCGCGACAUAAUAAGCCGCGAUCGAUCGUCGAAAACAUAUUCUGAGCGUAAACCGAGAUUAUUGAUAUAAUGGCGUAACAUUAGCCGUGUUUACCCCCUACACCUACCUUGUACAACCACGGUGUGACCCGUAUUAGAAUCUGCGUACAAUAAUAUUCUCGGUUGCCAUAGGUGGCCUAUUUAUUAUUUUUUUCUUUCGAAUGUCCGAUAAAAAACCCCGUAGUGGAAAAUCGUUCGAAUAACGCGUACCCUUUUAAAACACCGCCGUGGACGCGAAAACCGCGUCGGAUUACUUUUGAACGCACAGUGAAAAAACUUGAAAUCUGAGCAUUUGGCGUAUACCGAGAAAUACGCGUUUUCUUAAGGAAUGUAGGAAUACGCCGGGGGGGGGUUCUUCUAAAUUUUUCGUUUCCUUUUUCGUCCGUUCCGCAAUAAUAGAACCGCAAUAGUUGUCACGCGGCCGCCGCCGUUUAUUGAAAAAUAUCGUGAGCUAUACUUUACGGGCUCGUCCGUUUCGCGUACACGACGCCGGUUACGAAUUUCGGCGCGCGGUUUUCGCGAACGAUCGAUUGGGAUUUUUAAAUAAUGAUAAAAAAAAAAAAAAUAUUAAUAAUAAUGUCCGUCCCCGUGGUUAGGUAGGUUGGACUUUUCGGUUUAAUGUGUGACAACCGCGAGGGCUGCGCACGCAAAUACGCGCCACUGCUCGGUGUGUCCGGUUUGUAUCGCGGUUUAUUACAACUACAACAACCUAUAGGUAUGUAAGCGUGUUACGGACGGAAUUUUCGUUCCGUACGAAUUUUCCGCGGUUUUUUUUUUUUUUUAAUUUUCUAAAUAACGCGGUACAAAACAUAUACGCGUCACGUUAAUUUCCACUCGGCGGCGGCGGCCGUCGGGUCGGAAAAUAAAUUUUAUCGUUCUAAUUGGCCGUCGUCAUAUUUUAACGCGUGUUAGACUAAAAAGUCGUGUGUGUGUGUGCACGCGCGUGUAUUUAGUAGCGCAGUGUUUAUAUCAACAGCGCGGUAAAAAAAAAAUAAUAAUAAUAAUAAUAAAAGUGAUAAAAAAAAAAAAAAAAAAAAUUAAAUAAUCGUAUAUCGACUACGUAUGCCACACGUAUAAUAUUAUGAUGUUGUACACACGCGAACGUGCGCGCGACGUUUUAUUAAAUAAAGCGUUUUUAUUCGACAAUAAAAAACAUCCUUCCUGAUUAACCGACGAGAGCACACGGCCGCCGCCGCGCAGAUUAUUAAUAAUAUUAUUAUUUUAUUAUAAUAUAUUAUUAUUAUUAUUAUUAAUAUCGUAUUAGUUAUUGCGAUGGGCCCGGCCGCGGCGCACCGGCACAGGACCCGGACGCGCCGUCGUCGUGUGUGCGCACACAGCGGCUGCGGCGUUGUUUUUUUUUUUUUUGUUUUUUUUUGUUUUCACCUCGUCCGUUUCGAAUUACACAUCGUAACGCGGCCGUGGGCGACCGCGGUGGCGGGUUUUCGGAACGCGCGAGAAACAAUAUUAUCAUUAACGGCGUGACAAAAAAUGACGCGGAGAAAAAGAAAAAAAAAAAAAACGAGACCCGAAACACGGUUACCUCGGUUUCGGUUUUCGGUACACCCGACGAAAUCGGUAGAAUCGCCUCCCGAAUCCGAGUGCACGGUUCACUUAUGUAUUAUACGUGGUCCGCCGUGGUGCCCGUUACUCGCGGAUCACCACCGCGGGCAACUAAGUCAACCGUCGUCAUCGAUAUGAGUUAGACUCAACGUUACCGUUGUCAUUAAAAUGUAUAGAACAUAAGUAUGUAGCGUAAACACCUACGUUGUACCCGCUCUAACAGUUCAAUCUUACCAACCCGUGAAGGAUCCCAAAUUAUACUCCCGUAUUCUAAUAUAGGUCUUACCAACGAGUAUUAUCAAGUUUUAAGGCAGUAUGUGUUAUUGAGCUCCUGUGUUUUGCGUAUAAUAAAGCCCAGGGCUCUUAAUCCUUUUGAUCUAAUGUGAUUGAUGUGCGAAGAAAACGAUAAGUUUGAUUCCACAAUUAUUUCUAAAUCACCCGGGUAGAUGAUCUUUCGUGUAAAGUGGUACCCCUAACGUUAUAAGUAUAGUCAAUUUCGUUUGUAGUCGGGUAGCAAAAUAUCUCAAGACAUUUAGAUGCGUCUGUGCACAAUCCAUUUACAACGCGCCAAUUAGUAAAUCUAUCUAAAUUAAGGCAAUCGUCAGUGAGUUUUACAUACAGCGCGCACAGUACUCAUCCCGAUAAGAAACAAUAGUUUUCAUUUUUUAUUAUAAAAUAAUACAUAUAUAAUAUAAAACAAAAAAAAGAACAUUUUUAAAGUAGUAGAUAAUAAUUUAUUUUACUUGUAAAUUUAUAUUCAUGAAAUUUAAUUUUUUUUUUUGUUUCGCCGGUUAAAUGUAUCUACUUGUGUAUAAAAUAAACUGUUCAAAUCGAUUGUUUUAAACACAGUUCGAUUACUUUACAAUAGAUUCGAACACUGUAUUAAUCGCGAGUUUAAAACACGAAUUAGUUAGUCAUAUCAUCAGGUGCACACGAUUCCCUGCAACCGUUAUGCGAUUGUGAUUAGAAGUGGUCCCGGACCCCUCGGACAUUCCACAGAACCGUUUUCGACGCAGAACACGUCGCCGACCGACCGUUUUACUAAUUCGUUAUAAUAUUCUACGCGCUUUUAGCGGAAAAUAUUCCGUUAUAACCCGCGUGAAAACGAGGGAAACUAUAUAUUAUUACACUUGGGGUCGUUUUUAUAAUGUAUACCGUCGUCUCGGCAUUUCAAACGCGUUUCGGCGUCAACCCUCCGGCGGUGAGAUAUACAGAGUGAUUCGGUUUACCAUCGCGAUUCAGCGGUUGUCUUUACGAGAAUUUCGAGUUGAAAAAUGAUAUUUAUUCGCAAUGAAUUCGAACAUUAUAUUCCCUACAAUACCGUACACCGUACAAACACUAGUUAUCCCCACACUAGCAUUCCCCUCACUCUUCCAAACGAAAUUCGAAAAUAGAACAUUUCUGUGAACAUCUUGAUGCAUAACGCAUAACACGCGUGUAGUGGAUUUAUUGAAUUCGGGUAAGUUAUAAAAGUUUUGAAGGACCGGAGAAGUAAGUGACCUACUGCUAGUGUUACCUGCACACUAUUCCGUAAUACUCAUCCGGUCUACUUGUGCAGUUACUACUAACGAUUUAUUCGAUAUUAUUAUUGUUUACAUUUUUCGAAUCCGUGUUCACAACGAGAGGUGGCCAUAUUUUGAUAAUUAAAAGCCAAUAGCUAUUAUAGUAGUGUAUCGUUUAAGUUAUAUAAUGAAUACGGGCGAACAUUUUUAAAUCGCGUUAAACGAAAAACGUUUAAACAAUUCCCCGCGAUGAAGGGGGAAAAACUACAGACAUCGACGUAAAACGCAUAGAAUCCUCCGAGAAAAUCACGACGGAAAAUAUCACUCUGUAUACGUAAUACACACAUACUUCGUCGUGGCGUAGGUCGCGCGCGGUGUGCAGUGCAGUAUUUAUUAUUAUUAUUUUCUUUUUCUUUUCUUUUUUUUUUUUUUACCCGGGAAGUUUUCUCUCGUCGACAUUUGACGUCCAUAACAAUAACAACAGAAGUGCGCGAGCAACAACUGCGGCAGUUUCACGGGUUUCCGGCAAUCCGUAAAGUUUAGUAUCCGCGUGUACAUAUAAGUUUAAUAUUUUACUCGUUAUUUUUCGCGUUUUACCGGCUCUGUUAUUGUUGUACGGUUUACACACAAAAUACCGCACUGCAUUAUCCGAAGGGGGGGGGGGUUUCCUAUUACUCUCCGCGCUCACUCAGACACUCGCCAUAUCUUUUCUGUCUCGUACUCUCCCAUUAUUGUAUUAUUAUUAUUAUAUAUUAUAACUGUGCCAGGUAGACAUACCUCGAACGCGGGGUAUAAUACAGAAAUCGACCCCUUUGCUAUUAUACACACGUAUAUUAUAUUAAUAUAUUGUUAUACGUACAGACAUACACCCGUGGACCACGACGACGCGUAGGAAAAAAAAAACCGCAUCACGUCGGAUUGUAUAAUACGAGUACCCAUAUUAUUGUACAUAUCAGUCGUCGUAUUUUGUGUAACGCCGUACAUCGUGUACACACCAGUAUGCGGUCCGACCUUUUGUAUGUGGUUUGCUGACCAAUUUACACGUUACUCAUACGUUCGUAAACAUAAAUAAUAUGCCCCGUAGAAAUAAUAAUGCCCGGUCAAUACGCCUUUUUUUUUUUUACCUAAUUCUUUUUUUUUGAAAAACGAUAAAAAAUAAAAAACUAUUGUCCUUUAGAUUAUAUUUACGGGUGAGGCGCCGCGGUUUUUUUCUAAUAAUACUGUAUACAGUUUGCCGACAAUUGUUAACGUUUGAAUUUUUGGUUUUUGUUUUAACAGUGUACGUCAGAAGUGACGCGAUGGGAACGUGA